AUGCAUACUGUAUCACCAAUUCAUUUCUUUCCAUACUCACAAAUGUCAUCAGGAAUGAUAUCAGAAUCAGUAAAUGAAUGCAAUUGGUUGUAUAAUAAUGAAUCAUCUCAAGUAGUUCAGCAUACUUUUGAAAACUUAGUACAGACUAAUUGCACGAUGAAUUCUCAUGAUAUACCAAUUAGAGGAUCAUAUUGCGACAUUCCAUCACAGGCAAACCAUUUUCUAACUGGUAAUAUUAACAGGAUAUGGUGA